AUGCUUGGAUCUCGGCGGUGUGUUCCGCAACUUUCGAAGCGGCUCUUGAGCACGACGCCUGUAGUUCGUCGCGAGUAUGGUAACCUGAAGGAUUCGGACCGUAUUUUCCAGAACCUAUACAACAAGUACGGCCGUGAUCUUGCCAACGCCAAGAAGCGCGGUGACUGGUACAAGACCAAGGAAAUUCUCCUCAAAGGUGACGAGUGGAUUAUCAACGAGGGUAAAAAAUCCGGACUGCGUGGCCGUGGUGGUGCUGGUUUCCCUUCUGGUCUCAAAUGGUCGUUUAUGAACCCUCCGGGAUGGGAGAAAAAUAAGGGUCCUCGCUACCUGGUUAUCAACGCCGAUGAGGGAGAACCCGGUACUUGCAAGGAUCGCGAGAUUCUGCGUUCUGAGCCCCAUAAGCUUGUCGAGGGCUGCCUGGUCGUCGGCCGGGCCAUGAAUGCCACCGCUGCCUACAUCUAUAUCCGUGGUGAGUUUUAUGAGGAGGCCGCAUACGUCCAGCAAGCCAUUAACGAGGCAUAUAAAGAUGGUCUUAUUGGUAAGAACGCCUGCGGUUCGGGCUACGAUUUCGAUGUUUAUAUCCACCGUGGCAUGGGUGCCUACGUUUGCGGUGAAGAGACCUCGCUAAUCGAGUCUCUGGAGGGCAAGGCCGGUAAGCCUCGCUUGAAGCCUCCUUUCCCUGCUGCCGUUGGUCUGUACGGUCGCCCUACUACUGUUACAAAUGUCGAGACUGUUGCUGUUGCUCCUACAAUCAUGCGUCGUGGUGGUGACUGGUUUGCUUCGUUCGGCCGUGAGCGCAACUCCGGCACCAAGCUCUUCUGCAUCUCUGGUCACGUUAACGAGCCCUGCACUGUUGAGGAGGAGAUGUCCAUUCCUCUCCGCGUUCUUCUUGAGAAACACUGCAAAGGUGUCCGCGGCGGCUGGGACAAUCUGUUGGGUGUUGUCCCCGGUGGUUGCUCGGUUCCUGUUAUGCCUAAACAUGUUUGCGAGGAUGUCCUGAUGGAUUUCGAUGCUCUUAAGGAUGUCGGCUCCGGUUUGGGUACCGCUGCUGUUAUUGUUAUGGACAAGAGUACCGACAUUAUUCGUGCUAUUCAGCGCUUCGCCUACUUCUACAAGCACGAGUCUUGUGGCCAGUGCACACCAUGCCGUGAGGGUACUACUUGGCUCUUGAAGGUCAUGGAUCGUCUUCAGAGCGGUAACGCUCGAGUACGUGAGAUUGAUAUGCUCUACGAGCUGACCAAAGAAGUCGAGGGCCACACUAUCUGCGCUCUGGGUGAUGCAUCUGCAUGGCCCAUCCAAGGUCUCAUCCGUUCUUUCCGUCCCGAGAUCGAGGCUCGUCUUCGCAAGUUCGAAGAAGAGUUCGGCGCUGUCAAAGUUGGCGGUUGGACCCCCGAGGCUCAUUUGCUGAAGGGCGAGGCCGUUGGCUCUCCUGUCAACACCUCCAGCCACUAA